AUGAUUAUUGAACGGUUAAAAGUUAAUAAUCAAACAAAUAUUAUGAUACUCCUUCUCUUGUUUAUUCGAUUUGUUUUUCCUUAUUGUGGAAAUGGGUGUUUGGAAUGCAUAACACCACCAAACCACAACGAUCAAUUGUGUAUAAAAUGUAAAAGUAAUUACAAGCAGACAUCAUCUUGUACUGAAUGUAAACUCUUUAAUCCAUACCUAAAUUUUUCGGAAACAAAUCAAUUGAUUUUGAUGUACAAUAAUAACUGUAUGGUUACAAACACAACAAGUGCUCUUUUAUAUUGGAAACCUUUAUUUGCAGAAGACUUGUUAUUGAAUGUUCCAGACACUUUUAGUAUUACAAAAAAUAUGACUCCGAUGCUAGGAAUGUGUCAUGAUGACGAUUCCAACAACAGAUACCGUUUUGGUAAAUAUUAUAAAGUGUAUGUCCCUCCAAAUUAUAACUCGACAAAAAAUUACAUCAACAUUUUGGUGAAAAAGAAUAGAAGUGAAGGUAAAGUCAAAAUUGAUUUAACCAAAGAACAGUAUGACGAUAAUAACAAGAUUGACAAACCACUGUGUUUUGGUACUUCUCAGUUUGUUGAUACAUAUGGUUAUUUGAUAACAAGAAUAAGUUACACAGAAACCAAUUUUACACUCUUUGUGGGAAUGGUAGAUGCAUAUGAUUGUGUAAUUACAGUGACUUUGAUAACUUCUGAAGAGAUGUUACAUUAUUUGAAUUAUCCAAUAUAUAAUGUAACUCAUUUGAAAACAACUCCACUUACUAUUAAAUUGGAUUUUGCACAAUUGGGUGUUUUAGAUAUUAGGGGAUGCGCUUCUCAACCAUAUAUACUAAAAUUUUUCUUUUUCAAAUUGGUUGGUGAAAUACCAAACAAGAGUAGAAUACUUUUUUCGAGUUCGAACGGAGAGACACAAAUGUUUGAAUACACAAGAUGUGAAAACGCAACAAAUUUGUACGGUAAAUGCCACUGUGUGAAUGGAACACAAAUAAGAAGAGAUUUGUGGAAAUUGGCUCCAGAAACGGGGUUUGUCUAUUCGACACAAGAAACUACUUUCGAUAAUUACGUCUUUAGAUUUUUUUCAAAAAACAUGAUCAUGAGAACAGACUUUUCCAUGAGAGUAAUAUGUCCCAACAAUUGUAAUGAAGAACGUGGAGGUGGAAAAUGUAGUGUCCAAUUGGGAAAGUGUGUAUGUUCACAUGAAUCAUAUGGAGGUGAUGAUUGCCAUAAAUUGUGUUAUUAUAACAACACAUGGACACUUAAAAAUUAUGAUGACAAGUGUUAUUUCGGAGAAGAGUAUUGUGAUACAUAUUGUGAGUGUGAAAAUGGAACUUAUUUAUUAGACCAUCAUUGUUUAAAUGACGUGUGUUACAGAAAUAAUAUUACUGAUUAUCCCGAGUUAUGUAAAAGGGGGGAGUCUCAUUGUAAAUUUAAUUGUCAAUGUGAGGAUGGAUACAUCAUUAAAAAUAACAAAUGUAUAACACAAACAUGUGGCAACGGAAAAUUGGAUCAUCCAGAAGAACAAUGUGAUUCUGGAGAUUCAUGCAAUAGUACCAAUUGUGAAUGUUAUGAAGGUUUUGUACCUGAUCCCGAUAAUACAGGAUCUUGUAAGGGGAGUAAUUACACAGUAAUGAUAAUAGUUAUCGUAAUAGGCACUGUUUUUUUAUUAAUAAUGUUAAUUAUAUCUACUGUUACAAUCAUCAUAGUGUCAAGAAAAGAUCAUUACUUAUUAAAGAAUGUGAUAGAAGACAUCAAAUAUCCACAACCAGAGUAUUAUUUUGAUGUUUCAAAAUGUCAUCAUAUAACGUACACUUCGAACAAAUACCCAUCCAAUAAAAGUAUAAUCACUUUUGGAAUGAAAAACAAACAAUUGAAAAUCAAUGAAACUGUUUUUGAAAUAUUUGAAAUGACAAACCACACUAAACAAUUUAUGUUAAUCAUAUUCCAUACUCCAAAUAUCCAAAAAUAUACAAUACACUUUUGCCCACAAACACUCAUCAUUUCAAAAGGAAAAACAAAACAAAUUCUAUUGAUAUUUACACCACACUGUACAACACGUUUUGAAGGUACUGAAUUUUAUGUAUCAGUUUACUAUGGCAAUAAAUCGACUUUAAUUGAAUUACAACAACUCGUUUUUGACAAGAAAAAAAUCGAUGUUGAUGAUACAAUUAUAUAUGAAAAAAUACACAAGAAAGUAAGUGCCUUUUAUUUUGUAUUGAUUUCUAAGGUUGAAAUCGAAGGAUCUUUUCAAAUUGAUCGCGAUGAGUUGUUUGUUUCUCCAAGAAGAUUUGAAACAAAAGGCAAUCACAAGCAUGCAAUUGUUGGGACUUAUAGAGGAAAACCAGUUAUUGUGAAAACGAUUAACCUUUCAAAUCUAUCUACUCAGGAUUUAAACACUUUAAAAGCUUCAAUAGAAAAGUUUUACACAUCCAUGAAAAAUAUACGAUCCCCUUAUUUGUUACAACCAUUUGGCUGUUUUUAUGAAGACCAGAAUCUAUCUUUUUUCAGCGAAAUUUGUUGUUUGGGAAGUGCUGAUUUGUAUUUCUUAAACUCGGAAUACAAAGGUCGAUUUUCGUAUUCAUUUAAACUUAAAGUAAUGAAAGACGUUCAAUGUGGUUUAAGUUAUUUACAUGGUUUUAAAUUAUUUCAUUUGAAUUUGAAGCUUUCAAAUGUAAUGAUGAAAUCAUUUAGUGUUUCACCAUCAGUAGUUUCUGUGCAACUUUGUGAUCACUGGGGAAGUGCGGAUUUGAGAACAAAAGUGGAGAAUAUUGGAUUGUUUAUGAAAAAUCCCAGAUGCGAUCCACCAGAGGCAUAUAAACAUAUAUUCGGGUCUUUCACUGAUGUUUAUUCUUUUGGGAUCCUAUGCUGGGAAUUCUUCUAUGAACAACGUACAUUUGAAAAGUCCAAAACACUUUUUGAUAUUAAAAGUGCAGUCAUAACUGGGUUAACACCAGAGAUUGAUAGUACUAUGCCAAGUGAUCUUAAAUGGUUAAUACUAAAAUGUUGGGAGUACAAGUAUCUUCAAAGAAUUACUCUAAGAGAAACACAUGAAAUUCUUCAUGAUAUUAUAAAAAAGGAGGAAGCUUUGAAAAGUGCAAAAGAAAACAAUAAAAACAUUGAAAAUGAAAUAUUCUUUGAACAAUUAAAAAAUGAGAAGAUGAUAUUAUAUUCGAAUGCCUUAGAUCAAAAAACACUUGUACCAUUUAAUAUAUAA